GAACUUCAUCAUGUGACAUGUGGAGGAAAGCGUGUGGUCAGUGCUGAGGAAGUCAGAUAGAGCUGUGAACACAUGAAGCUCUUCAUCCAAACUCACAGAACGUCAGACGGACGGACGGCAGCAAAACAGACGGAUGAACAUUCGUCAUGCGAGCCAUUGUCAGCACCCUCCUCUUCCUCACAAUGAGGAGCUGUAAUGUCGCAGGCAGCGUUUGCCGUGACGACAGAGACAAAGACCACCGUUCCCGUGUAAGUUGUGUGAAUCACGGGCUCACUGCUCUUCCUGGAGGGAUCAAGCCGCUCACACAAGUUCUGGUUCUCACAGGAAACCGCUUCACUUCUCUUUCCUGGUCUGAUUAUUCUGCAUUCACACACCUGUAUGAGCUAGAUCUGAGUCACAAUGACAUCACAGCGCUUGAACCGCCAGGUCCGGUGCUGGAGAACUUGAGUGUGUUGCGUCUGUCAGGUAACAGGUUGACUGGUUUGGGUGGCAGGGUGUUCCGUUGCGCUCCCAGUCUGAUGGAGAUUUACUUAAGUGGCAAUCGGAUUCGUUAUCUUCACGACGACACCUUUAGUGACUUGCAGCGUCUGGAAGUGAUUAAUCUUUCUGGAAACAACCUUUUCGCCCUCCCGGUGCGUCUCCUGGAGCGCGUGUCCUCCGGCGGCCUAAAGAUGUUUGACCUUGAGAACAACAGCGUCUCGCUGAUGCCUUAUGGGUUCUUCUCCUCGAAACCCGAGUUGCCGUAUGUUUACUUGUCCUACAACCCUUGGCUGUGUAGCUGUUCAGUGGAAUACCUCCACAGCUACCUGAAUGACCAGGAACAUAACGUCUACAAACAGGAAGGUCCCAAAGGCAUCGUUCCGGGUGCGGAUAGCGUAUUAUGUGCCGGGCCACCUCACCUGAGAGGCCGGCCCAUUAUUGACCUGAAGGAGGACGACUUCUGCCCACCAGAACCAACGCUUACUUUUCCCCUGUACCCCGGCGACGAACUGGUUUUGGGUGAGUUUGAUAAAAGUGAUGUUAUGAGGCUGGCCGAUGCAUGGACACAUAGACAGAAAGAGUCCGAGUCCAAGUAUUUGUUCUCGUCUGAAGUGACUCCAACAGAUCCAGUCCACUCAAUGUCCGACUCAACUUCAUCAGAACAUUUGUUCUCGUCUGAAGUGACUCCAACACAUCCAAGUCCACUCACUUCAUCAGAACAUUUGUUCUCGUCUGAAGUGACUCCAACAGAUUCCAGUCCACUCACUUCAUCAGAACACUUCACCGAAGAGUCCACCGCCGACACAACACUGAAGACACAAUCAACCGUUUGGAACAUCACACCACCUCAGACAACCACACUGACCCCUGACCGACCCACAUCCCUAAAGACCACCGCACCCACCACUGCUCCAUCCGGUCAUCAAACCUCAACUCAAACAUCAACCGAAUCAACUUCUGUUCAACCCGAAGCCACGAGCACGGGUGUCAGGAUGUUGCCGUGGUGCUGGUGGUUAUUUGCUGGGUUUGUGUUGCUGUGUUUGUUGUCUGGGCUCACUUGCUGUAUCCUGUUCCUGUGGCUCUUAAGGAACUACCUCCUUCUCUACCGCAGACUCCAGUGUUACGCCCCGAGGUGCUUGGAGGGCGACGGGGUCACCUUGAGAGCAUUCAGACGUGCUGAAAGAACAGAGCCACGAGUAGAGGAGGUCGAGGAUAUGGUGACGUUUUUAAACCCGGAGCAGAUUAAAGACACUCGAGCCGUGUUCCGCAGCGUUCUGUUCAUCUCUAAAGAAGAACAUGAGUCACUAAGGGAUGUCCAAACAGCGGCUAAUGGAAGAGACAUGUCUAUCACAGCAGCGGAGCGAGCGAGAGCUGUGACAUUCAGGAAAACUCUGUACAGAGUGAUAAGUGAAGAACACACGCACAACAGAUGGACGGAAGAAGAGGAGCGCUGGGACCAGAACGCAGAGAGAAGUAGAGCCACUCGCUACAGUCUCAUUCUGAAAGAAAACACAGGAAGAGAGACAAACGUGGAGUGGCUGAUGGGGGAAUGGGAGAUGGGAGAAAGGGGCGUGGUUUAUGAGAGAGAUCCCGCUCUCUGA